AUGAGAGACAUAUGGGUGAAUAUGAGUAACCCUUCGCCAUUACUCCCUGUCCAUUUGGGCCAUAUCACCCACAUCCCUUCUUGGACCGCCACGUCCAAAGUCACCCAACAUUCGGACAUUGUGCUGCGUCACAGACCCGUCUGCUACUUCGCUUCUCCACAGCGCUUUUUCCUUUCUCGGUUGUUCUCGGCCUUCCCCCAAGCCUUGUCUCUGAUUUUCAGGAUGAAUUAUGAAAUGGGUUCAUCUGCAGAUGGUGAUCGGAGCAGCAGCGGUGACAGUAGUAAUCAUGUUCUGGACAUUUACCCUCUCAGUUGUUACUACUUUGGUUCUAAAGACCCCCUUCUCCUCAAGGAGGAAACCUUGGCUGAUCGAAUUCUCAGAAUGAAAUCCAACUAUUCUAGAUAUGGGUCGAGGACUUGUGUGGUGGCAGUUAUUCUGGUUGAGUUGUUCAAGCAUCCUCAUUUGUUGCUAUUGCAAGUGAAAAAUUCCUUCUUUAAGCUUCCUGGUGGUCGCUUAAGACCAGGUGAAUCAGAGAUAAAUGGAUUGAAACGUAAGUUAUCACGCAAACUUUCUGUCAAUGAAGAUGGAGAUGGAUCUGACUGGGAGGUAGGAGAAUGUCUUGGGAUGUGGUGGAGGCCUGACUUUGAAACAUUGUUGUAUCCAUAUUUACCACCUAAUGUAAAAAAUCCUAAGGAAUGUACAAAACUCUUUCUUGUAAAGUUACCACCAAGUCGGAAGUUCAUCGUACCAAAAAACCUAAAAUUGCUUGCAAUUCCAUUGUGCCAGCUCCAUGAAAAUGACAAGACAUAUGGACCGAUAAUAGCAGGAGUCCCGCAGCUGCUGUCUAAAUUUUCCUUCAACAUCAUUGAUUCUUGAAGUAGAUUUUUCAACAGGGAUAAGGUAAAUAUAUAGGAGCCAGAUGGAGUCAUGUGUUUCUGGAAGGUUUUUAUAUUAAAGAGCAUUUGAUUCUAAUGAACUGGAGACCCAUGUAAACACUAUAGCUUUCACAGGUAGUAGUGGUGAUGAAAUUGUAAUAUUGAGAACAAAGAUAUAACUGUUAGUUUCAUACUUGAAUGUGAAUCUUUUAUUUGAAUGCUUCAA